AUGAACGACGCAGUGAAGCAGGGCUUCAUCCUCGCCUCCAUCCUCUUCAGUCUUGCGUUUUAUCCCAUGCUAAUAGACGUUUACCGUAAUGAGCGUCCAGGCAUUCGCUUCGCCUACAGGAGGGACAGCCAACUCCUCAAUCAGCAGCGAAUGGACUUCCAGUCGCGUGGAUCCAUAACUACUGUCCAUGAGCUUCUCUUCGCGGACGACUGCGCUCACAACGCCACCUCUGAAGGGGACAUGAAAAGGAGCAUGGACCUCUUCGACGCCGCCUGCGACGACUUCGGCCUAAUCAUGAACACGGAGAAGACGGGGGUUAUGCACCACCGCUACCCAACGCUGCCUACAAUACAGCCCAAAUCCACGUGA